GAAUUUUUGUGUUUCCGACGGGUCGGCAAUCUAAGCACUUCUCUCUCGAAUGACUAGUGACAGUAGUGACCGUCCCCUCUCUUUUCAUUGACAUUCAAGAAUUUCAAGGAGCAAAAGUAUAAACAAAAACAAUAAUAUUUGGUUAGAAAAUUUGAGAAAAUAUGACUUCAAAGAAAAAGAAUGUCACUUCUACUGAGUCAAGUUCUGGUUCAACAUCAGGAUCCUCAUCUUCUAGUACUAGUUCUAGUGGCUCAGAAUCUAGUUCCUCCAGUGAAAGUGAAUCGUCCUCUUCCCAAGAAUCUUCCAAACAGCAGUCGGGCUCAGAGGCUACUAAAAAAACCGCCCCUAUUGUGAAAAAUGCCCGCAAAAGUACUGAAAACAAAUCAGGAACAGCUGCAAACAAGACUUCAGAAAAGAAUGCUUUAAAAAGUAAGAUGUCCCUAGGAAAAAAUGUGAAACCUCAAAAUAAAGCUAUCUAUAAUAGUACUGAUGAAGAUGAUGAUGGAAAAAAAACCUCAGCUAAGAGAAAAAGUAAUGUUAAACCAAAAAGUAGUGCUACUAUAACUCCCAAACCCACAGCUACUGUUCCUACAAAAUCAACAGGUACUGCCAAACCUUCUGCAAAAGCUAGUGCUCUUCCUAAACUAGUCAACAAAGGUAAAGAACCUCCAAAGGCAAGAGCACGUAAAGCUCCUGCCAAACAAACUGAUGCUAACAAGAAGAAAAGUAUUUUUUCACCAGAAAAUAGCUCUGAAUCAGACUCUUCUAAAGCAGUGAAGUCACAAAGUAAACAAAAUCAGGUCAAACCAAAAACAAAGCCUGAACCCAGGGCUAAAGCUGCUCCAAAAGUUGUGCAGAAGCCUAAAACUGAAAAGAAAGUAGAUAAGACUCCUCCAAAGUCUAAGGAAAAUUUGAAGGAAACUAUAGAAUCAUCAGCCACUUCAGAGUCAUCAUCUUCCAGUUCGAGCAGUUGCUCGGAAAGCGAAAGCAGCGCCCGAUCCUCAGGCAACACCCAAAAAGUAAAAAAACCCGUGAAAAAACCGAGCGUGGUCCAAAAAGAAAUCGCUCCGAACACCGACUCAGAAAACGAAACAGUCGCGGAAAAAAACAACAAACAAGUCGCUAGUACUAGGAAAUUAACAAGGUCGGCUAGCACGCGCAAAUCCAAGCACGUUCUCGGCAAAAACGUUUACUCCGACAGCGAUUCUGAUACCGAGAGCACCAAAAGAUCCUUGUCCACUUCUCCAGUGAAAAAAGCCCCAGUUGCUACUAAGGGCAAAACGAAAAACACCAAACGCAAUGAAGCUAAGAGCAAGAACGCAGACAAUCAAACGGUAGAGGAACGCAAGUGCCCCUUGGAAGAGUGCUCAAGCACAGGCCACUUGAGCGGUAACUACGACAAGCAUUUCACCCUCGAAGCUUGCCCCAUUUACCACAACACCACACCAGAAAAGUGCAAGCUAGAGAUGGAAGAGAGGAAGAAGAGAGAGGAGUUGAGGAAGAAGUCUUUGGAGUUCCACAGGAAAACCCCGAGGCCGCAUGCGAACGCUGACCAGAAGCAAUUCCUGCAGAAAAUCAAGGACAUGAGGUCGAAGUUCAAGAGCGAGCCCAUCGAGGACGUGAAGCCCAUCGUCGGCAAUAAAGCCCACCAGCCGGAUUUGAGGCAUUUCGUCCACGAGUACGACUUGAAGUUGUUCCAGGACGCUCUGGCUUUGGCCAGCGAGAAGAUCGAGCAGAAUUUGAAGAGUUUGCCCAGCACUAAAGGUACGAAAUACAUAGAGAUGGGCAAAUUCGACAUGGAAGUGUGGUACCAGAGUCCCUACCCGGAGGACUACGCACGCCUGCCCAAACUGUACAUUUGCGAGUUCUGUUUGCGCUACAUGAAAUCGCAAACGAUCCUGGAUCGGCACGUGGUAAAAUGCGUGUGGCGGCACCCACCUGGAGAGGAGGUGUACCGCAAGGAUAAGAUCAGCGUGUGGGAGGUGGACGGAAAGAGGUACAAGCAGUACUGUCAGAAUUUGUGUUUACUGGCCAAAUUCUUCCUGGACCACAAAACCCUCUAUUAUGACGUAGAACCUUUUUUGUUUUACGUUAUGACCAUGGUAGACAACGACGGUUGCCACACAGUGGGAUACUUCAGUAAGGAAAAGAAUUCGUUUUUGAAUUACAACGUGUCCUGUAUAUUGACCCUACCCCCAUAUCAGAGGCAAGGAUAUGGAAGACUACUGAUAGAUUUCAGCUACCUCCUCACCCGGGUCGAAGGUAAAAUAGGCUCCCCGGAAAAACCUCUCAGCGACCUCGGUCUCAUCUCCUACCGCUCCUACUGGAAGGACGUCCUACUCAGCUAUCUCUGCUCGAGAGCAGGCACUCAGCUCUCUGUGAAAGACAUCAGCCAGGAGAUGGCCAUACACUCCUACGAUAUAGUGUCCACUUUGCAAGCGCUGGGCAUGAUGAAGUACUGGAAGGGCAAGCACAUCAUCUUGAAGAAGCAGGAUGUUUUGGAUGAGUAUGUGGAGAGGGUGAAAAAAAGGGGUAGUUUGUUGAAGGAGGUCGAUCCUAGUUGUUUGAGGUGGACUCCUCCUCAGCCUGCGUCAGGUUGAAUAACACUUCAAGGUUUUCUCCUAUUUCUCUCUUAUGGUAUUGUUCUCCAAUUGUUCGAAAAUUGUUCUUAUCCAUCAUUCGGUUGCCCCCUUACGAGCAACCCUCAGAAGUCUUCAAGAGACUUGUGCGAGCAAGGAAUGACGGGGGUAUCACCUUUUAACGUGUGAUCCAAAUACUUUCUUAGGCCAUCUGAACAAUUUUUGCGGUCGUGGUAGGAAUUGCACCCACCUACCGGCGAUCCAACGUGGAUAGAACAUUGACGCUUUAACCACGAGGCUACGCUGACCACCUAUAUAUCAUGAUUCAUGGAUAAUGACGUUUCGUUUGUAACUCAACCAAUCACCUUUCUAGAUUGCAAACGAUAUGUCUGUAUACUGAAGGGAAAUCGAGAAACUGGAAUAUUCCUACAGCUUUUCAUUGGACAGAACUGAUGGCAUGUUGUUUCGUUAUUGAGAAUAUAUCCAUAUUUGUUCGUUGCCUGAAAGAAAGAAGGAUGGAUGUAUGCUCGACGGCAUUGGGCGGAGCUAGAGUAGUGACUGCACUCGAUAGUAUUUCUAUCUUUGUCUACUGCCUACUUAAUAAAGGGAUGGCGAUACACCCAUACGACAAUGAGAUAGUGUCCACUUUGCAAGCGCUGGACAUGAUGAAGUACUGGAAGGGCAAGCACAUCAUCUUGAAGAAGCAUGAUGUAUUGAAUGAAUAUGUGGAGAGUUUGAAGAAAAGUUCCUUCCUUUCAUUCUCCAUCGUAUAUCAACAUCAACCCAUCACCAUUCUAGACAAACUACCAGAUAAGAAGCAAUGUGAGGGCCCAGGAUAUUCCUACUGUUUCUCAUUGGACAGAACUGAUGGCGUGUAUAUCCAUCUUUGUUUACUGCUUUAGAGAAAGAAGGAUGGAUAUACGUUCGAUGGCAUUGGGCACAGCUAGUAGAGUGUUCGCACUAGAUAGUUUUUCUAUCUUUGUUCACUGCAUGCAAGCAAAAGGGAUAGCGAUACACUCCUACGACAUAGUGUCACCAUUUUGAAGAAGCAGGUUGUUCUGGAUAAGUAUGUGGGGAGGGUGAAGAGGGGUAGUUUACUGAGGAAGGUUGAUGCUAGUUAUACAAGGUGGACACCUCCUCAGCCUGCUCAGGUUGAAUGGGAAUUAAUAGUUAUUUGUUUUACUAGGCAGACUAGCGUCUGUCGUUUCAUAGCCAAGGCUAGAGAACCAGCCAAGGCAUUGAAUCUGCUUUUCUGCACACAAAAAGCGUGUUGUCGAAUAUUUUUUUCUUGUUUUUGUUAUGCAAAUUUUUGUUCUAGAUAACGUAUAGGUCACAUUUGGUUAUUCAAUCGCGUGUUUUUUUUAACGCCGUGAUAUUCUGCUAUUGAUUUUGACACAAAAAAUUCAUACGUACACGGUGACCUCAUAUUGAAACUCGAUGUAUCGAAAUGCCAUAGAAAAACAUUUUAUAGGUACAUAAAAUUAGCAUAAGAUAACGAAAGCGAAGACAAUCAUGUUUUUUGUGAAAAGCAUAAUUAUUAUAAUGUACAUGGUUAAGACCAUCUGUCCAUCGGCAGAUUUCGAUAAGAUGUAUACUUAAAUAUUUUUUUUUAAUGGCCAUUGGCAAUAGGUGAAGACUUGUAUUUAUUAUCAAUGAUAUCUUGUAAAUAGUUAAUUUAUUUUAUCAAACAAUCAUUCACGAUUAAUUUUUGUACAAACAUGAUAUUUGUAAUUAAAUGAUGAACUUUUUUAGGUA